AUGGCUCCCCCAACCGCGACAUACACCGAGACGGUCGACGUGGAAGACGUCUUCACCGCCACAAAAGCCAAGAAGGACGAAGGAGGACACAACCGCAACGUUCCCAAGGGCCACGAGUGGGCCGAGAACCCAGACGACAUCCAGGUCGAGGGCUGGGUCGGGCCCCCCAAGUUCGCCGACAAGUUGCAGGAGCGAGAAUACCUCAAGGGCCGGCUGGCGCUGGCGUUCCGCAUCUUUGGCAAGAAUGGCUUCGAGGAGGGCGUGGCGGGCCACAUCACGGUGCGCGACCCGAUCAACCCGCACAUGUUCUGGGUGAACCCCAUGGGCGUGCCGUUCAGCCUGAUCAAGGCGUCGGACCUGCUCCUGGUGGACGAGGAGGGUAACGUCGUCGACGGCGGCCCCGUCCGCAUCCUCAACCAGGCCGCCUACACCAUCCACUCGGCCAUCCACCAGGCGCGCCCGGACGUCAACUGCGCGGCCCACUGCCACAGCCUGUACGGGCGCACGUUCGCCGCGCUGGGCAAGAAACUCGACAUGAUCACCCAGGACAGCUGCAUGUUCUACAACGACGUCGGGCUGUACGAGUCGUUCAAGGGCGUCGUGCUGGCCAAGGAGGAAGGACAGCGCAUCGUCAAGGCCAUCGGCAACAAAAAGGCCUGCAUCCUGCAGAACCACGGCCUCCUGACGGCCGCGUCGACCAUCGAGGCCGCCAUCUUCUGGUUCGUCUCGCUCGACCGGUGCUGCCACACCCAGCUGCUCGCCGACGCCGCGGGCCAGACCAAGAAGAUCGACGAGGAGGACGUCGAGUUCACCUACCGCCUCACCGGCUCCCCCGUGGCCGGCUGGUUCUGCGGCAAACCCAUGUUUGACGUCGUGAUUGAUGAGUUGGGCGACAAGUACCUGAAAUGA